UAAAAAGGUCUUUGCGAAAGCUGAGUACCUAAAGCUGGGAUGCGCCUCAUAUAACAGCAAUGGCCAAUCGCAAAUCCAAGGGAAACUCUUGGUCUCAUCAGCUAUGUAGUCUCUACUCGCUGCUCGUACUCUCCUUGGGUCUAGCGCUUCCUCUGGUUGCGGCUUUUCAAAAUGGGCCCGCAUCGCAGUCAGUCAUAUACACUAAGGUGUUCGAAUUAUAUCUAUACACCACAGCGAUUUUAUACCUUCUGUACCUACAUUGGUACUUGAUACGCGUUCAUGACCCAAAACGGAAACAGCAUGGCGCAGUUGCAAUUCCAAAGCCCAGGCUAGGCGGGGAGAACGGCCCAACAGACAGUGCAGAAACAGACAACCAGGAGGAUACUACCCUACCUGUGCACCUUGGUGGUAGAGGCAUCAGUGUAUACCUGCGAUAUGGAGUAAUACAGUCUAGCGACGACUUCUUUGACGACAGCAAAACCACGAACAGUUCCGGCACAGCCACCAAUCACAAAGACGACACGCUAGGAUGCACAGCUAUAAUAUCUAUAACAGAGCGGGCUUCACCAUAUCUCUAUCCAUGCGUUUUGGAGUACAACAUUAUUGCUGCAGCAGUUAUGUACACCAUAUACAACACCGUUGGGACACUUCCAAAUAUCUCGGAAAAGAAGCUGCACAAGCCCAGUAUUCAUGAGACAAUGGAUGGAGUAUCGAAGGGUUGCGACAAGUCAAACGUGGGGCUCUUUUUAGGCAUGCUGGUUGCCAUCAUCACUCUGAUUUCCCUGAGCAUUUAUUUUGUCUUAUUUGCAGAAGCUGGGAGGGAUGGUUACCAAUGGCUUUACUUAAUUCCUUUUGAGUCGAUGAUGAUUUUUGUGCUCAUGGCGUCGCUAAUAGCUGUCAUAGUUGCUGUGUGGAAGAUGAGGAUUUUGGACUAUCGACAGGAGCAAGAUGGGGGAGUCAGUGUAUUUCUUAUGCUUACGGGCACACUUGGUGGUUACAUCGGCAACAUAUUUGUUGGGAUUGCUUUGUUGCAUGUUGUGUAUACAAUGGAUACGACGCUCAUUCUCACUCUUAUUUCAACCUUCCUAAGUGUCAUACAGAUAACUAUUCAAACUUUCUGUAUUUUUGACGGAGGCAGACGACAGGUAGCAGACACAAAUCACGUGAUCCAGAAACCUGGGCGCUCGGCAUUGGCACUAUUGCUUAUCUGCAACCUAUGUUUGUGGGUCAUUGAAACGCUGGCCGUUAAGAAGGCUUUUGAACAUACGACUGUCUUUGAGGACUUAUAUGGUAACUUGCCUUGGAAAAUCAUUACUCAUGCGACGAUUCCUCUAAUAAUAUUUUAUCGUUUCCACUCUGCAGCAGAACUAUCAGGUAUAUGGAGUAGGGCAUAUGUUCCAAAAGUCAUCGAACAAGUCGAAGUCACAAAACUUUGA